AUGGUCUCCAUGGGGCUCCAGCUGCUGGGCUAUGCCGUGGCCUUCCUGGGCUACCUCGGCACCCUGACGGCCACGCUGCUGCCCAGCUGGAAGACCAGCUCCUACAUCGGCUCCAGAAAAAAGUGGAUGGAGUGCGCCACUUACAGCACGGGCAUCACGCAGUGUGACAUCUACAGCUCCCUGCUUAACCUGCCCGCCGAUGUCCAGGCAGCCCAAGCCCUGAUGGUGAGCUCCUGCACCGUCUCCUCCCUCGCCUGUCUCCUCACCAUCGUGGGCAUGAGGUGCACGGUCUUCAGCCAGGGCUCACCGACCAAGGACCGGGUGGCAGUGGUGGGCGGCACGGUCUUCAUCCUCGGGGGGCUGCUCUGCUUCAUCCCAAUGGUGUGGAACAUCCACGUGGUGCUGCGGGACUUCCACAACCCUGUCCUCCCCGACAGCAUAAAGUUUGAGCUUGGGGAGGCGCUUUACCUGGGCAUCAUCUCCUCCCUCCUGUCCCUCGUUGGCGGCUUCAUCCUCUGCACUUCCUGCCCUGCCCGGGACCCAACAGCCACCUACUCAAGCGCCUACCAGCCCCAGUUGCUGGCGAGCAAAAGCACCAGGCCCUCCGUCAGCCAGACACAGAAGGCCAAGAGUGAGCUCAACUCCUACAACCUGACGGGAUAUGUGUAG